AAGGGGGGUAGUUCACUGAGCGUUGGUCUGCUAGCAAUUGGUUCUGCUUCUGGAAAUUGAAUCACAAGAAUCGUUGGUAUCGACGAGAGAGAACCCUAACCUAAGAUUGUGGAGGCAUGGAUUCUCAGGUGGCCGUAGCUCUUGCUCUUUCUCUUGUUGGUGGUGUCAGCACUUCUAUCGGUGCACUCUUUGUAAUUAUUAAUCAAGCUCCCAAUUUGAAAAUGCUUGGGCUAUUACAGGGUUUUGCUGCUGGUUUGAUGCUCAGCAUAUCAUUCUUUGAUUUGGCUCAUAAUGCUUUGAACUCACUGGGCUUCUUGAAAGGCAACCUUUGGUUUUUUGCUGGUGUAAUAUUCUUUGCUGUUGUUGCCAGCUUUAUCCCGGAGCCAACACUUACUCCCACUUCAGAUGUGAAGAGUAGAAAGAAAAAUGGGGAUGAAGGAGGCAAGGAUAUUAUGAAAAAGCAUCGCCGGCAAGUUUUAUUUAGUGGAAUUAUUACAGCCAUAGGCAUAAGUUUACACAAUUUUCCAGAAGGAAUGGCGGUGUUCCUUGGAUCCAUGAAGGGCCUCCGUGUUGGGCUCAACUUAGCAUUGGCCAUUGCUCUGCACAAUAUUCCAGAGGGUGUUGCUGUUGCACUUCCUGUUUAUUUUGCGACACAAAGUAAAUGGCAGGCAUUCAAAUUGGCAUCACUAUCUGGCUUUGCUGAACCCCUGGGAGUUAUAAUUGUAGCCUAUCUAUUCCCUAGCAGCUUAAGUCCUGAGAUUCUAGAAGGUUUACUUGGAUCAGUUGGUGGAGUUAUGGCUUUUCUGACCCUUCAUGAAAUGCUGCCAUUGGCUUUUGAUUAUGCGGGACAGAAGCAAUCUGUUAAGGCUGUCUUUUUUGGGAUGGCUUUCAUGUCUGCAAGCCUGUAUUUUCUAAGUAUAAGCUUGCCAGAGGACUUGAGCUUGUAAAUUGGACCCGAC